GAAAUACGGCAAACCAUAGCCAAGAUUUUAUCCCAUAGUCAACGGUUUCUUUUAUUAAAGAAAAAUCUUAGCACAACAAUAUAUUGUGUUAAUAUACAACGUCGCAUAAAUUUUGCAGUCCCCGGAUUAGAGUUAGACCGAUGUGGACUCCGAUUGUUGCAUGGGUGAGGCGGCGGUCAGCCAAAGUCAAGGCCCUCCUUGCGGCGGCGGCGGCGCUCUGCGCGCUGGUGGCUCUGAAACGGAUGGUUAAGAAUCCCACACAUUUCUUCGUCGCUUCCGAGGCGAUUCAUUUCCUUGGGAUUUUGGUCUUGAUUUAUAAGCUCGCCACACUAAAAACGUGCUCUGGGCUUUCAUUGAAGUCACAAGAGCUUACUGCUAUAUUCCUAGCAGCAAGAUUGGUGUGCAGCUUUUACUUGGAGGGCGACAUUCAUACCGUGCUCGAUUUUCUAACUCUUUGCUCGACUUUAUGGGUUGUCUACAUGAUGAGAUUCAAGUUGAAAUCCACCUACAUUGCCAAGCUAGACAACAUGCCCUUAUACUAUGUGAUUGUCCCUUGCGCGAUCCUAGCCAUACUUGUCAAUCCCCACACAUCCCACGCGCUCCCUGUGCGCAUGCUUUGGGAGUUUGCUGUGUACUUGGAGUCUAUCUCAGUUUUGCCACAGCUCAAGAUGGUACAAAAUGCCAAGAUAAUCGAGCCAUUCACAGCCCAUUACGUGUUUGCAUUAGGCAUUGCAAGGUUUCUUGGAUUUGCUCAUUGGAUCAUUAAGGUGUAUGAGAGUGGGGGAAAGUACUUGUUUCUGAUAGGAAGUGGCUACAUUUGGCUUCCUAUGAUGCUGCUAGCAGAAACCGUUCAGACAUUCAUCUUGGCUGAUUUCUGCUAUUACUACGUCAAGGGCCUCAUGGAUGGUAAGCUAAUCAUCUACACGCCCCUCAAGCAUUAGACUCCUUGAAGGGAACAAAUUACAGUUGUUUGGAAUAGGACAUUUUUUAGUUGUAGAAUUUUGCUGUUUGUUUUUUAAGCUAAAUAUUUGAGGAUCCAAGUAUGUUUUAGACUCCAAACAUAUAUUCUAGUAAUAUAUGUGGAGUACAUAACAUGUUUAACUAGACGUAUCCCAUACAUGGAAGUAUAAUAUAUUCAUAAUAUACUCCCUCCUCUCA